CGCACUCCCCCCCCCCCCCACCCACACACAUAUACCAUGCGUCCCAAAAGUUCCAGAACGACAAAUUAUUUCAAAAAGUAUAUAUCUAUUGGUUUAUUGAAAAAAUGUUUCAGAUAAAAGUUGGAGAAUUCAAAGGGGGCCAAUAUAUAGACGAUCUUAUUAAAUUUUAGGUCCGGAGUCCGUGCUGAGCCCAAUAUAGGGCCCAAAUCAAAUAUUUAUUAAAUGAAAACCCCCAUUUUUUAUUGUAUCAUCUUUUUCUACUAUUCUUUCUACUAAAGUCUUUUAAAUAUUUUGAAAAUGUCUUUUAGAAGACAUUUUGCUAGCUGAGUCCGCGUCUAUAAUUUUCUUAAGUCUAUGACUGUCACUAGAAGUAACUAGAGUUACCGACUUGAGCCGACGCGAGCACAGUUCUGUGACGCGGUGUCGUGGAGUGUCGCUAGCGAUCAGCGACGGAAAGCAGCCAAUAUAUACACGUGCGCCAAGACCGCCGAUUGGCCGCGCGACUCGCCGGCUUGAACGGCGGACGGAACAACGGAGCGGGGUGGCCGGGGAGAAGAGGAAACGGCUGGCAAUCGAAUAAAAAGGGGGAGGAGGUGCGAUUUCGCGCGUUCACCGCGAUUCUGAAUCCGAAUUACUUCUGACGGAUCAGGCGGUGUAAUAUUGGUGUCGCCGGUCGGAUAAUCGAGAGUUCGGCGAAAGGUGAGCGCUGUUCCGCGAGAAGCCGACGAUGUCCGUGAUGGGUAAGCCGGUGCUUUACUCUUACUGGCGGAGUUCCUGCUCCUGGAGGGUAAGAAUUGCGUUGAACUUGAAAGAGAUACCAUACGAUAUAAAGCCUGUUAGUUUGGUGAAGAGUGGUGGAGAACAACAUUCCAAUGAAUUCCGCGAGAUUAAUCCAAUGGAGCAAGUCCCUGCGCUCCAUAUCGACAAUCAUACUUUGAUAGAAUCUCUGAAUAUUCUACAAUACUUGGAGGAGACGAGGCCGAAUCGUCCAUUGAUGCCGGCGGAUCCUGUUAAGAGAGCUAGAGUGAGAGAGAUUUGUGAAGUAAUUGCCAGCGGUAUACAACCGUUGCAAAAUCUUGUUGUUUUAAUCUACGUUGGCGAGGAACGUAAGAAGGAAUGGGCGCAGCAUUGGAUUACUAGAGGAUUUACAGCCGUGGAGAAGUUGUUAUCGUCGAGCGCGGGCAAGUAUUGCGUCGGCGACGAGAUUACAUUAGCGGACUGUUGCCUGGUGCCACAGAUAUUCAACGCGCGAAGAUUUCACGUCGAUCUGAGACCCUUCCCCACGAUUCUGAGGGUGGACCGUCAUUUGGAACAUCAUCCGGCCUUCACUGCGGCUCACCCCAAUAAUCAGCCCGACUGUCCGCCCGAGGCGACCAAGUAGCAAGCGAGGCAGACCACCCUUUUUCUCUUCUAAUCUUUUAGGAGGGUGAAAAGAGGUGGUCUGAUGUUAUGUGGUUUCAUAGUGAUAAAAGGUGAAUAAGUUUCGUUGCAUUUGUCGGCAUUUCUUACGCGUUCGCAACAAUUACAAGUUUUAUUUCUACAUCGCAAAUAAAAAUUAAUCUAGAAAAAGAUAUUUAUUACAUUUAAUGAAUAUUUAUUAAAUUAAAUAACGUAGUCGUGAUUUAUCAUGAGAAUUGAUUAAAUGUAUCUUAUACGAAUGGGUCCAAUCGUUCCAAGAAAUUAACUUUUAUUUGUACCCUAUCAGCUGAUAAAUUGCGUUAUUUUGGUAAUAUAAUGGUAUUUAUAUACUUCAAGAAAAUUAUUAGAUUAAUACAUUUUCACCUUUUAUCAUUAAUGAACUGCAUAUUAGCAAUGAAAUGGCUAGCGGCGCUAUGAAAGCGAAUAUAUCGGGCAGGGGUUUUGAUUUGAACAUCCUGUUGUAAUACAAUGCCGCUUGUUUUAAAACAAAGAUACGCCAUUUCUGUAUUCAUGCAAGAGCAAAGGGAAAGAGGUAUAUUGGCCUAUUUUUUUAUUUUGUUACGUUUUCUGCGAUUUUACAUGAUCGAAAUUUAUCUUCGCGCGGUAUUUUUACACGAUAUUUUAUAAAGAUAUAUUGACCUAUUCUGAAUAGGUUCUGUUGAAAUCAAAAGUUUAAUUUUUAUAUACGUAUUAUCAUUUUUUAUUUUAUAUUUGCGUAUAGUAUGUAUAGCAUAAACAGAAAAAAAGGUGUCGCUAUUAAAUUUUAGUGAAUAUACCCCGAAAUCUUCGCUGGUAUAUAGGAUAGUGAUUCGUAUUUAUGUGAUACGAAGUACACGCAGACAAAUUCAAAACGUGAAGCGAUCAAAUUCGAAGGGGAACGUGUAAUAAGGGAAUGCGCUCUGCUCAAUAUCUUCCAGAAUACCAACCAAAAGUACAAAUCGCAUAUUUCCUUUGAUAUCCCAAUUUUAGAAUAUAUUAGAUUUGUUCGUUUUGUUUACACUUAUAUAUUUAUUGUUUAGAAUUAUAUUUUUACACUGACGUAUUUAAUAACUUCAACAUUUGAUCGACACUUAUCUAUAUUUUGAACUAAUUUAUACAAUGGCAUAGUAAAAUGUAUAUUAAUUCUGCGAUCUGAAUUAUUUUUUGCAAAUGAGCGAAGAUCAGAUAUUUUGUCCUGAAUUUUAUCUAAUUUAUGGAUCUCAAAAAUAUUUGCUAAUUAUAAUCGCAUGCAGUUUCAAAUAAUUGAAGAAUUAUACGACUACCGAAUGCAUUAUGUUGAAUUUAACUUGAGGUAGGAUCGCAAAAAAUUAAAGCAAUAAUUCUUCCGAUAUGCGCGUGUAUUUUGUGACAUUUAUCUUUUUUGAAAUUUUUUAAUUUUAUGCUUUUAACAUUCUUGUAAAGUUCACAGAAUACAAGUGUAGAAAGUGCGAGUGAAACGAACAAACCUAUUGUAUAAUUUUUCCAUAUGAUGCUGUUAGCGUGUCUUUUUUACUGCAGGAGAGUUAAUUUUUAGGUUUGAGCAAUAUUUCUCUUCAGAGAUAAACAGAUGUGUACCGAAAGAUGUAUAACAUUUUUUUAAGUGGGGAAAAAAAACAGACUUGUAUAACUAUAGUUAGAUAAUCUGUGAUUUGUGUUGUGCGGAACUGAAGUUAUUUCAGCCGCUGCUGCAGAGAUUAGAAUGUGCCAUUGAAAUACCAUUUUAUAGUACAAUCGCGAACGAUUUCAAACGCAAACGAGAAACGCGUGUCCGCGCAAACAGAAUCAAAGUAUAUAUUUAUGCUCUUACGAAAUAGUUUUCCAGUUCGAGCAUAAACAGAGAUACCGAUAUUUUUCACGAAUCUUUUUAUAGGAUCGCUCAUUGUAAAGCCAUUGUUAUACAUAGUUCCCGUAUGUGCUUCGGAAAAUUUUUAUACGCAAGCGUAUGUUCGAACAAAAAGUCAAGUCAAAUCAUAUAGAUAUCGAACACGACUGAUUCUGAAACCGGUAAUCAAGUUUCACUUGGCAUUCCUCCUUAUUGCCGCGUUAUCCCUCUCGUCCUCAUUUUAUAAAACAACACGUCACGAUUGCAUUUCCGUAUUCGGAAUAUCCAUUUUUACCGCAACAUCUCGAUGAUCUCUCGUAUAUCGCGCACGUUGUGAACUGCCUUUUCGAGACUUCGACGAGUACUUCUUCCAUGUAGCCUCCAGCCUUCGCAAUUAUUUUUCUAUAGGAGAUAUAGUAUCGUAUAACGAAGGUGUAAACAACUUCGUGCGCUUUCUGACGAAGAGAGUUUAAGGAAUAAAUAUAUAAGAAUCGUCGCAACUUGAAAUCGUCGUCCUACGUAUAGUAUACUCUUGGGACGGAUUAAAAAAAACAUGCAUUCCGUGUCUAGACAUUCACACAUAGAGGUAUGUAUUAUAAACGACUGAGUGAUUAGAUAAUAUGUAUAUAAUCUUUGUACGAAGCAAUUUCCUCUCAUUUCCGCUCCACAAAUAUCCGCGGUAUCAACAAGAGCAUUUAUGAAAACCGAUGAAAAUCUUCGGUAAAAGCUGCGUGUCUGCUUCAUUUUGAUAACGGCGUUUUAAUGUAGACUAUGUGAUUCGAUUUGUGGAAAGAAAUGCGAGCGAGUCAAGUCUGUCUGCGCUGACCUUGGGCGUAUUUAACGAAUAGAAUCUCGCAUUUCUGAAUGUGAUCUUGUAUCCCCCUUCAUCCCCGUAUUUCCGUUCUGCGUCUUUCCGCUCGACUUACAAAAAUUUGUACAAGCGACAAGUAUAGUCAUGUAAAAGCGGAAAGUUGAUUUUAUCGAAAACGAGCUGUGUUAUUGUAGUUAUCGGUAGCUCUUAUAUGAUAUUAGAUAUCUAACUCCGGAAUAUUACAGUUCCAUAAGAUACGAUUGACUUAUGAGUAAACCAUCAAGAAUGAAAUUUUACCGUCUAGUUGCAGCCCUGACGUUUCAUUUACGAGAAAGUUGUAGUUUAUUAGCCUAUUAUUUGACUCGUAAGAAUGUCUUCGAUUCAGAUGAGGGAACUGAUAUUUUAAUACUAGUGGCGAAUCGUCCUGUAUUUUAUUCUCGCUUCGUAGCUUUCUAAAGUAGAACUAUAGAGACAUUUUAUUUGUAUACCUACUUGUCUUUUGUAUCGAGAUCUCUCGAGUUGGAUGUGAUUAUUUGAUUUUUGCCUUUAGUUAUAGAUAAGACCUACUCGCUUCCGUUGAUCCUCCGCAACUCCACACAGAGACUUCUCGCUAAGUAUAGAUCUUCCUGCCGUCUCGUUUCCGACGAGCUGACGUGUCAUCAACGCGCGUGGUACACGCGCUGUAUAAGUAGGGAGUAGGGAGUAGGGAGUAAAAAAAAAAAGAUAUGAAUAAUGAGUAGAUUUGAGCGAAACCGAUUUUGCGCUAGUACCGAGUCCGACGAGAUAAUAACCGUACCACACAAAAUUAAGAUCUCCCCCAUCAGAUCCUAAAUAGUUUCUUAGACGGCGUGUGACAUUUUCGCGAGAGGACGAGCGUGAAGUCGUUUAAGCGAGGAAGGAAGAGUUGUACAAUAUAGCGACUGGGAUUUGUGAAAUAGUACGGGACGCGUAGAUAUUUUGUAAGCGAGAAAGAAAACGAGAAAAAAAAGGGAAACGAUCGCUAUAUAUGUUCACGCCGCUUAUAGCGAAGUAAAAGAUUCUGUGUCGAUAGUGUAUGUAUAAGUAUUUCGUAGUAGAGUCGCGAGCGAGAAAAAAAAAGAUCAAAACAGUAAGUGCAUUCGUAAUUGUACACUUAUUACUCGAAUAAAGAGCUGCGUUUUGUCCGUA